AUGAACAGUAGCGACGACGAUACUAGAAAACGUACGUUGCCAGAAGGCAUCAGAGUGUUCUCAAUGGAUAUUUUGGAGUCAAUUUGCAGUGGCGCUAGUGUCCAUACGAUAGAUGUUAGCAAACUGCGGCUCAUUUUCAGUGAAUUAUUGCCGUUUCAAUCUAGUGUGAGGAUUGGUGUGAGGAUUUGUCUUGGUGUUCAAGCAAGCACCCCAAAACCGCAUUAA